GUCAAAGUAGUAGUAGAUGGUCGAGUCGAAGUAGUAGUGGAUAGUAGAGUCGAAGUAGUAGUAGAUAGUUGGGUCGAAGUAGUAGUAGAUGGUCGAGUCGAAGUAGUAGUAGAUAGUCAAGUUGAAGUAGUAGUGAAUAGUCGAGUCGAAGUGGUAGUGGAUAAUUGGGUUGAAGUAGUAGAGGAUGGUCGAGUCGAAGUGGUAGUGGAUAGUUGGGUCAAAGUGGUAGUAGAUAGUUGGGUCAAAGUGGUAGUAGAUAGUUGGGUCGAAGUAGUAGUGGAUGGUUGGGUCGAAGUGGUAAUGGAUGGUCGAGUCGAAGACAGUUGA